AUGCGACCUUCUGACGUUACUCCCGCUAUCGCCGAAAGACUCUUGAACACGGUGUACAGCGCGAUAAAGAUCGCUGGUCCCGCAAAAUUUAAAGUAGGCGACGCGGUACGCGUGAGCAAGUACAAGACGAUCUUUGAGAAGGGUUACACGUCAAAUUGGACCAUGGAGGUGUUUCGAAUCGUCAAAGUACAGGAAACUAAUCCCGUGAUGUAUCUUCUGGAAGAUUACCGCGGAAAACCGGUCGCCGGAGGAUUCUACGAGCACGAGUUGCGUCGCGUCGCUAAUCCCGACGUGUAUCUCGUGGAGAAAGUACUGCGUAAGAAAGGAGACAAGGUGUACGUCAAGUGGCUGGGAUUCGAUGGAUCGCACAAUUCAUGGAUAAAUAAAAACGAUGUCGUUUGA